AUGUCUUCAGAGGUCCAAACUGUCCAUCCCGGUCUCGCCGCAUCGGUGCAUGCGCCCACUGCCGGCUCUGGCUCUGGUGGGAAACGCCCAGAUCGCCGGGAUGGUGAUCGGCGUCCCCCUGACCGUGGCCCAGGCAAGGUGACGAAGAAGAAGAAGGGGAAGAAGUGGUGCCUGGGUUGCAAAAAAUGGGGACACACACUGGACAAGUGUCGUGUCUACGGCAAUGUUCUCAGCAACCUUGCUCUCUCAACGACAAGGACCAUCGCUGCUGCCCGUAGCGGUGGUCGGAACAGGGUCCUCGCUACUGGAGGUAGCCGCCCUCAGGUCGGUGGUCGCCAUCCCCUGGGCCCGCGUCAGGAGCGCCCUCGUAUGAACGGCCUCAACUCGAGGGAACGUCGCGAGGCACAGCGGCUGGCAGCAGGGCUGUGGCGGCCACAGCAGCCACAGCAGCAGACGCAGGAGCAGCAGCAGACGUAG